AUGGCGGUCCCUGAACCCAAGCCCGGAGGAGGGGAGGGCCUACUAACACCGUCGCCGCCGCCGCCGCCAACGACGACGACGACGACCGGCGCGUCCGACCGCCCCGUCAGGCCCCACCGCCCCGUCCGGGACGCCGUCCGCGGCUUCUCGACGCAGUGGUUCCUCGUCCCCCAAGGGACCGCCGUCCUCGCCACCAUCCUCCACCAGCUCGACUACCGCUUCCGGGGGCUCACCGUCAUCUCCUACCUCUUCUGGGUCGCCGCCGCGGCCCUGCUGCUGUCCACGCUCGCCAUCUACGCCGCCCGGCUGGCCCUCUUCCCGCGCCACGUCCUGCGCACGCUCAGGCGCGACGAGGUGGAGCUCGCAGGCCUCUCGAGCGUCUCCAUCGCCUUCACCUCCGUCGUCCAGAUGGCCUCGCUCACCCUCGUCUCGGCCUGGGGCGCGCCCUGGGGCGAGGUCGUCUACGUCCUCUGGUGGGCCGCCUUCGCCCUCGCCGCCCUCGUCGCCCUCGUCCUCCCCUUCCUCUUCGUCAAGGUCUACCCCUCCGGCGUGCCGCACAUCUCCCCCGCCACCCAGCUGCCCGUCAUCGCCGCCCUCACCGCCGCCGCCGCCGGCGGCACCAUCUGCGCCUCGGCCGCCUUGACCAGCGCCCAGCAGGUGCCCGUCAUCGUCGUCUCCUACCUCCUCAUCGGCGCCGGCCUGCCGCUGGCCUUCGCCCUCGACGUGCUCUUCUGGGCCCGCCUGCUCGGCAACGACCAGCCCCCGAGGCAGAAGGCCUUCCAGGACAUGAUCCUCUGCGGGCCCUGGGGCCAGUCCUCCUUCGCCCUCCAGACGCUCGGCCGGGCCGUCCUCGGAGGCAGCUUCGCGGGGUACGCCGGCGGCAUCUUCCUCGCCGCCGACGCCGCCGGGCCCGUAGGUUACACGAGCAUCUUCGCCGGCCUCACCGCGUGGGGGCUCGCCACGUUCUGGUGGUUCUUCGCCAUCAUGGGCGUGUUCCACGCCUUUCUCGACGGGAGUGUGCCCAAGAAGAUCCCCUACACCUUGGCCGGCUGGGCCCUGGUAUUCCCCUGGGGCGUUUAUACGAACGCUGCCGUCCAGCUGGGAAAACUCCUCGACUCGGAGGCAUUCAAGGUUUGGUCCACCUGCCUCGCAAUCAUGCUUGUUGCCAUAUGGCUUGUGAAUGUCGCCUUCACAAUUAGGAUGCUAGCCAGGAGGUAG